ACGUGUGCCUGCUCCGCUCACAUCCUGUGGCGCCGAUUCGUGGCGGCGCGGCACGGGCCAGGAGCCGCGGAGGUAUAUCUGAGCGCGAGCCCCGCCGCACCCGACUGGCACCCACCCCGCCGCCCUUCACCGCUCGCGUUGCGACCUUCAGAUGCUAAGAUUGCUACUAUGUCCGACGAUCAGCACAGCGGCGACGAAGACCAGCGGCAAUGCCGGCGAGGCAUCACGGUCGACGUCGAGCUGGGCGCGGCCCUGGCUCUGGCCGAUAUGGCCGGUGUCGGGCUCGGGCCUGCGGCCAAGCAGGCGCAGCCGGCGGUGCAACUACGUACAGCCGGUGCCGAGCAGAUGACCGACGAGGAGAUGGAGAACACGAGGCUGAGCCUCGAGCUGGGCAUGGCGGGCAUCCACUCGUCCUCCUGCUCCAGCAGCUCCAGCUCCGGCCGCCCACCACCACAGGCCGCCGCGCCGGGCACCUACGGCCCCAGGCCCCGGCACAUGCUCACCGAGGCAGAGAAGGAGGCGAAGCGGCUGUGUCGGGUGCUCGCCAACCGGGAGUCCGCGCGCCAGACCAUCCUCCGGCGUCAGGCGAUUCGAGAUGAACUGGAGAGAAAAGUUGCAGACUUGUCGUCGCAGAACGAGACCAUGAAAAAGGAGAAGGACAUGGUGAUGAAGGAGUAUCUGUCGCUGAAGGAGACGAACAAGCAGCUCAAAGCACGGCAGGCAGCACAUCACCGCUCGCUUUCGUUAUUCUAAGGAACCCAUCCAGUUAGGCCAACACAAAGGAAAGAAAUGAAACGGAGGCCUAGCAUGUUCCGAAGCCUAAAAAAUCGUCCAGUUGUUGAAGUCCAAGCUAAGCCACAUGACCGCCCUCUACUGGGUCAUUUACUCAUUAGGCCAGUGUCGUACACCUAGCCAAGUCGAGAACUGCUUCCUGACAUGUGUCUGGAUGACGAUGGCUCUCUCUCUCUCUCUAAAUAUAUGUGUAUAUAUAUCCGGGUUUUUGUCCACUUGUGAUCACUUCUCUGUCUUGGUACUGUAAUUCUGUAAAAGCGGCAAUGUUUAACAUACCGUGUUCUUGUUGUGUGGCGCCAUCUAUACAGGCUAUAGAAGGUGACCGAACCAACGGAACUAAUCCCAA